AUGGAGGCUGAGGUGCGUGAAGAGGGAGUGAACAACAAUACCCAGCCUGUAAGAAGGGUGUUGGCCUCUUACACUAUCCCUAAUCCCAGACAUUAUGGGAGCAGCAUCCUCACCCCAAACGUUCAGGCAAAUGACUUUGAGUUGAAGCCUCAACUAAUCACCUUGGUGCAGAACAAUUGUGCUUAUGGAGGUGGCCCUCUUGAAGACCCCAACCAACAUUUGUCUGUUUUCUUAAGGAUUUGUGAAACGGUCAAGACAAAUGGGGUUCAUCCUGACAUUUACAAAUUACUUCUGUUCCCAUUUUCCUUGAGGGGCAAUGCUACUCAAUGGCUGGAAACCUUUCCCAAAGAGAGCAUCAACAAUUGGGAUGAAUUGCAACAAUUUGAGCAGAUGGCUAAGAAAAUUGAUGGACUGCAAAUCGCUGCAGUAAAUACACAAAGCCAAUCUCAAACCUCACAUGGGUGGAAGCAAUCUGAAGAAAGUUUUGGGACACUCAAUUAUGAGCAACAAAGCCCUGAGCAGGUGCAAUGCAUGAAUAACACUUCAAGUUCAUUACAACAUAAUUUUCAUGGUGAUGCACACAAGACACCCUGGAAGACUCAUUCUAAUUCAAGGUGGGGUGAGCACCAGAAUAAAGGACAAAGUGACUUCAACUAUAGCAGCAUUAGAAACACAAACAACCAAAACCAUUCAUCCAAUAAUACUAACCAAUUCAAAAACCCACAAAACACAUACCACCAAUCCCAUAACAACUCAUAA